AUAUUGACCCUUACACUGUUUGCUGGAGGGCCAAGUGUUGUUAUACCUUUAGAAGAAAGACACAAUGAAUUUGCAGCUGGUGAAGAUGAGAAUAGUCAUGCUGUGCAACUCCUCUGGGAUCUUCCUCGUGACUUUGACAUCCCUGUGGCAAAGGUGUAUGGAACGACUGUUACUGAUACCGACAUUCGUUCACUCCAAAGUCCAGAAUGGCUGACUGACAAUAUAAUUGAUGCAUACUUGCAUAUGCUGUGUGUGGAGCUGACUGGGGGCAAAGUAGGCAGAAUGCUGAACAUCGACAGUAUUUCCAUGAACGCGAUCAUGAACAAGACAUUCCGCCCAAGGAACCCACCAAAUAUAUAUGAGUACAUGUUCGUGGUAGGUGCCUACUGUAGAGCAGCUCAUUGGACGCUUGUGAUUUUGGAUGUGGAGGAGAAGAAAGUGUUCUUCUACAAUCCCAUACAGGCGGUGGAGGUGCUUGAAUGUGGAACCAUCAAGAAAGCAAUGUGUGGUUACAUUGCUUUAUGUGCUGGGGAGCCAGAACAUGUCAUACAGAGGGAAUGGAGAUCAUCCUUUGUGAGACAUGCAUCACAAACAGACAGUUUUAACUGUGGCAUCUUCUGUUUGAUUUUUGCUGAGAAACACAUGACUGGUGCUGCUGACAGCCUUGUACAUAUUACCCUGGCUGAUCUCAACAUAAUGAGGCGGAAAGUGGCGAAGAAGGUUAUGGUAUUUGAAGUGUUCCUUACUGGUUGCUGCCCAAAGUGUGGAAUGACUGUGGAUGAUGAUCUUGAAACGAUUCCAUGUGCUGAUUGUGGUAGGUCCUAUCAUUUCACCAAUUACUGUGUUGAAGCAGAUGUUGAGAGACUGGGAGAUGGGGAGAGAUUUCGCUGCACUCUGUGCAGAAUGAACUACUGGCCCCGGGUACUAAGGCAACAACAGAGGGCUACCAACACAAACCAAUCCAACUUUCAAGAUUAUGAUUCAGUCAGUAGAGGACCUAAGAAGCCAGUAAGCCCAAAACUGCUGGCAGAAAAGACGCCAACAUGUUGUUUAUGCACAGAACCUCAUGAUGAAAGACAAUACUGAGACUGUGAUAAAUGUGGUUCAAGGUUACAUCCUGGGUGCAUUGGCCGUGAUCCAGAUGAAACACCUGCAGAUAGCUCCACCGCCUUCUGGUGUGAGGCAUGUCUGACUGCAGUCGUCAAGGUCUGGCCUGUGGAUAACUGUAAGGAGUUUAUCGAAUCAGGUGGACUCAGUGAUGAUGAGGGGUACAUCAUAGAUGCAAGUGUUGUUCUGUC